GUCGCUCCUUACAAGGGAGCGACCUUCAUCAUUCGCGAUCCUCAGAGCGGCCUCGCUAUCACACUCAAGGAUGGCAAGUUAGGCUUGGCCCCUGGGGAUAAGGAGAAUGCAUUCGUCAAUUGUGAUAAUGGGCGUGGCAGUCACUGGCGCUGCGUCGAAAACAAGGACCGCUGGUUGGGCUUCAAAAAUGCAGUCUCCGGAGAGUUUAUUGGGCACGAUAACAAGAAGAAGAACUGGCGCUUUAUGGCAAAGGCUGAGGCCCACAGGGAAUGGGAGUUUUUUUGUGUCCGUCAGCAUUCAGAUGGCGGCCAUGAGCUGCUUGUGAAGCAUUGGGGUGGCUUUCGUGCAAUGCAAGUGGGCGGCAACGACAACAAGGAGCUGGUGGUUGCUGAUGAAGGAGACAGCGGAACGGCGUGGGAGUUUCUUCAGGUUUACUGUGAG